AUGCAUGUUCUGCUUACCGGUGGAAAUGGGUUUCUAGCCGCUCAUAUUCUCAACCAUCUCCUUGAACGCGGCCACACCGUAGUUACAACCGUUCGCAGCCAAGCAAGAGUAGACCGCAUCAAGGCUCUUCAUCCAACCCUACCAAAAGACAAGCUCGAUUUUUUUAUUGUGCCCGAUGUUGCAAAACUCGGGUCUUUCGACUAUGUUUUCCAAGGCGACCACAUCUUCGACGCAGUAGUUCACACAGCUAGUCCUAACGUGCGAAGCUGCAAUGACGUCCAAAAAGAACUACUGGAUCCUUCCAUCAUUGGAACAACUGGUCUACUCUCCUCCAUAGUUCGCUUAGCGCCUUCCGUCAAGCGCGUAGUUUAUGUUUCGUCCAUGGCUGCUUUGAUCGAUGCUUCAAAAGGAGAUUGGCCGGGGCACACGUACACAGUCGCGGAUUGGAAUCCAAUCACACUUGAAGAGGCACUCGAUAACUCGAGCUGGAUUCCUGGAUACCGUGCCAGCAAAACGUUUGCGGAGAAUGCUGCUUGGGAGUUUAUGGAUCGAGAAAAGCCUCGCUUCACAUUAACUACCCUCACUCCUCCUGGUAUUUUUGGGCCAAUGGUCAGGUAUCCAGGUUAUCCACCAGAUCCACUCAAUGCUUCCAACGAGAUUUUCAGUAAGCUUCUUGAUGGUAAGAUUUUCCCUACUGGGCUUUAUACAUGGAUCAACGUAACGGACGCUGCUCUUGCACAUGUAAAAGCAAUAGAAGAGGAAAAACUUACUAGUGAACGCAUCUUCCUCACAUCUUCAGAGCAGCUUUGCAUCAAGGAUAUAAUAGAGAUCAUCUAUGAAGAGUUUCCAGAACUCCGCGAAAGGCUGCCGGCGAAAGACACAUGGCAUAUCGCUGGAUAUCCCGAGGGCGGCGUGUACAAGGUAGAUGCAGCGAGGGCAAAGGCGCUCAUUGGAAGAGAGUUUCUUCCCUUGAAGAGCACCGUCAUCGAAACCGUGAAGACAUACAAGGAUUAUCUCGAAUCCUGA